CAAAGCUUAGUGGUGGGAAAAAUGAAUGAAAAAAGCUGCACAAAUAUAGAGAGUAAGAAAGAAACGAUAUGGGGGGAAUUGAAAGUCCUCUCUUCUCUGUGUGGCUGUGUCAUCUCAUCUUCCCCCGUACUGUUGUACAAGUGGGUAUUCAGUUUUUCGCCACUCCCCUUUUUUCCUGCUUCUUCUGCUACGGCAGUGUACAGUUUUUUUCUUUCCCCCAUUUUUUUUCCAUUCACAUAAAACAUCUUUUUUUAUCGUUUUCUUCCAAAAACUUCUCCCUAAACAUCCAAAUGAUUCUCUCUCUUCUUUCUCCUUUUUUCUCACUUCUUUUUCUCUCUUCUUUACCUCACCAUUAAACUACUCUUUACCCACUUUCUUUCAUCAUCAUCAUUAUUGAGAUUUUAUUUCAUUUCAAGGAGCAUGUUUGGAGCUAAUGAUACGAAUCCUAUGCUUCCUGUUGCCAGAGAGGGCGUAAGGUUGCCGUAUAAUCCCAAUGUAAUACCACCACCAAUGCAAUUAGAUGUUCCUUUUGGCUGUAAUGCUGAUAUGAUGAACAUGGUUGGAAACAAGAACACAUCCUUGGUGAAUCUACCUGAGAAAAUAGGAAGAGGCACACCCAUCUUUAGCCAGCACAAUUUUCCUGUGACAUCAUAUGACAAUAUAUGCCAGAAUGAAACUGGGCAAGCCAGGAAUACACAGAAGCAUAUUCCUGUUUCCACUGGACUCAAGCUUUCAUAUGGAGAAGAGGAUCACAAUUCUUCCAUCUCAUCUGCUGGUGAAAGCGUAAUGGUUAAUUUGUCAUCGGUACUGUCUCACAAUGAUGAUCUGCAAACAGAGUUUAUGCGGCAGACUGAUGAAUUUGAUCAUUAUAUUAGAAUCCAGGAGGAGAACAUCAGGAAGGGCAUUGCAGAACUGAAGCACCGUCACACAGUUUCUCUACUGAAUGCUCUUGAGAAAGAAGUAAGCCACAGGAUACAUGAGAAAGAUGCGGAGAUAGAGAAUCUGAAGCAGAAAAACAAGGAGUUACUGGAGAAAGUAAGGCAGGUAGCUGUGGAAGCUCAGUCGUGGCACUUGAGAGCAAAACAUAAUGAGUCUCUUGUGAAUGUCUUAAGGAACAACAUCAAUGAAGUCUUUCUACAAGGCGCUGCUGCUUUAUUGAAGGAAGGUUGUGGCGAGAACAUGGCAGAUGAUGCUACUUCUUGUAAUCAGAAUGUUCUAAAUCCAUUAGCCAAUCAUCAUAACCAUCAUCCAUCUUCGAAAGAGCUGGCGCAUUGCAGAGCAUGCAAGAGUAAGGAGGUUUCUGUUCUGAUAUUGCCUUGCAGGCAUUUGUGUCUUUGUAUAGAUUGUGAUGCUUUCAUUGACAGUUGCCCUGUUUGUCGAAUGAAGAAGGCGGGAAGUCUACAAGUAUACAUGUCUUAAACUAUACAUAAAGAGAUUAAUUUGACGAGUUUGGUUAACCAAGUUAUAUAUCGAAAAUUCUUUCAGGAUUUCUUCCCCUUA